GAUCAGUUAGUCUGCUGCUGCUGCUGCUGCUGCUACAAGUCACGACAGAGCCCAGCUUAUACAAGCCUCCUCCUGUUCCAAGACAAGCAGGAGGAAAAAAGGUGGGGAAGAGAGAAAAGGGUAACAACAGGAUGAGAGGGCUUGGGCAACUGUUUCUUCCCAUAUUCUUCACCCUCAUCCUCAUAGUUCAUUUGAAGGACACCAUGUCCUCUGCUCUGCCUGGCAGUGCCCACCAACCAGUGCCCCCCCUCGCCAGUGGGAGCCACCAAGGCCUUGCCUGCAUUGGGUGCAUGCUUGUUACAUCAGUAAUUGAACAGCUUGCUCAGUUACAUAACUCGACAGCAAAAGCAGCUUUGGAGAGGCUAUGCAACUACAUACCUGAAAAACUUCACUUUCAGGAUAUCUGUUAUUUGGUUGCUGAAAUUUAUGGACCAGAACUAGUUAAACUGUUGGAGUACAAAAUGAAUGCUGAUGUGGUGUGCCAUUCCAUAAAGCUAUGUAAACAGGAUGCAGGCCAACCACUUUGUCAUCUGUACCCUCCCCCUAAGCUGGGGCUAAAUGCUGCUCUAAGAAAAGCAAGAAGGAUUGUCAGGAAUUCUGAAGUCCUGAAAAGUAUAACUGUUUUUUCAAGUGUAUGUAAACUUCCCCCACUGGUUAAGCUGUGUGAGAAGAUUAAAUAUGUCAUAAAAAAUCAGUUGCCAUUCGAAGACUUUGAUGGAGAUAAAUUUAGUGCUUUCCCAACAUUGAGGGGAUAUCACUGGAGAGGCAGAGACUGUAAUGAAGGAAAUGCAACAGUGUAUCCUGGUAGACGCCCACAUAACUGGGAUGUGGAAAGUGACACUAACUGUAACGGCAUAUGGGGUGUAGAUCCAAAAGAUGGAAUUCCAUAUGAGCAUAAAUUCUGUAAAGGUGCAGAGUCCAAGGGGAUCAUUCUAUUGGGAGACUCAGCUGGAGCUCACUUUCACAUCCCUCCUGAAUGGAUGACAGCAGCACAGAUGUCUGUGCAAGUAUUUUCUGAUCUUCCACUGGCUUUUACCAAUGAGUUUGACUGGCCGCAGUUUUCAGGGAUCACUGGAUUUCUGAACUCCACCAUUGGAGGCUGGACAGACUCUUUUUACUUAUAUUUACGUAGAAGAAACCUCUGCAAUCACAGAGACUUCCAGAAUAUUUCCAAAAAUGGUGGUUCUUCCCGAAAUCUCCUGGACUUAAUGAAAAGCUUGGCUAGAGAUCAUGUCUUGGACAAUCCAGCCAUAGUUAUCUAUUCUGCAAUUGGGAAUGAUGUCUGCAAUGGGAGACCUGACACAGUAGCUUACAUGACAACACCAAAGCAAAUGCACUCCAAUGUCAUGGAAAUGCUGCAGUAUCUAGACUCUCAUCUUCCCAAAGGGAGCCAUGUGAUUUUAACAGGCUUGGUAGAUGGUCGCUUUCUGUGGGAUCAGUUACACAACAGAUACCAUCCUCUUGGUCAGCUAAAUAAAGAUGUCACAUAUAAACAACUUUAUUCAUUCCUAAGUUGUCUUCGAGUCAGUCCCUGCAUUGGCUGGAUGUCUUCAAAUGAAACCCUCAGGAACUUCACAUCAGAGAGAGCUUUACAACUUUCCAAUGUCCUGAAAGAAAUAGCAAGAUCUGAGAAGUUUGCCAGCUUUGAUAUUUUCUAUAUGGAUUUCCCACUGAAGAAAAUUGCUGAGGAAUGGCACAACCUUGGAGGGGAGGCCUGGCAGCUGAUAGAACCUGUCGACGGAUUCCAUCCUAGUCAGAUUGCUACAGCACUUGGAGCAGGAAUUCUCUGGCAGAAGGCAUUACAUGAAUGGCCUCAAGUGCUUGGAAAAGAGAAUCUAUUCAACAGUCAGAUUGAAGCUGUAUUCAGAGAUCAAGGAGGACACUGAGUUCAGAAUUGCUUGAGCCAUGCAGCAUUAUUCUUUCCUAUGUGCUCCAUAUUCAGGGGGGCGGGCAGGGGGAGGGGAGGGGAUUGCAUCCUGAAACAAGAUACAAACCAAAGACAGCCUUUUGGGAUCAAUGUAACAGCAGAAAGAGCCAGUAAGUGUAAGAAUAACAUAAAAGCGCUUAUCUACUGAAAAGCCACAUACCCAAUUGAGCAAUCUACAUUUUAGCUUUGGUUAUGCAUUUGCUGUGGAGCCAUGAAUAUAAAUCAAAGGAUGUUUGCCCGUAGGGCUGCUUAUCACAUCAGUUUGAAAAUCCAAAAAUGCUUAUUCUGUACAUAGCAAAUUCCAAAACCUACCUCAAGUUCCUUUUGUGACAGCAUGUUUCUGUUAUCACCCAUUGCAGGGGUGGCCAAACUGAAACACGUGUCACAAGUGUCACAGGUGGUUUCAGUGUACAGCAUGCAGCAGACCAGAAAAACAGCACAGUGGCAAAUAGGGCAGCAGAUGGGACAGAGAACACAGGGAAUGAAGCAAAAAGCAGAGUACCAGGUUGGAUAGGGAGCAUAGGUCAGGAAGUAGUGGGAGCUAAUGUGUGGCACACCCAUCAAGAUUAGCCCCCACUGUCCCAUUGUAUGGGCCAAUAGGUAAACCGGAUCCAACAGGACUCACUGGAUGUUGACAUAAAAUGCGGACAUAUGAAGAUUCUUAUGACUGUGUCAAUAUAUUAAACAGCAAAUGUGAAUUAAUACUGCCAAAUGCAAAUUCUGAUUGGGCAGGGAUAUUUUUUUAAAAUUAAUAAAUAGCAACAGUAAUCCCAAUCCUUCCUAAGAAGCUGUUUUCAAUUGCAAAAAAACCCAAUCUUGCCUUAAGAGGUAAUAAUACUGGUUACAUUAUUUGCAAACUGCCAUCCAUAGCCAUUAAGUCA